UCUAGUUCACAUAUGGUUUAAUAUAACCUAACUAAUUAUGCUAAAUUCUUGCUAAAUUCACAUAAUAUAAAUAAGAAAGUUGUGUAGGAAAUCUUUGUAGGAAAUGUUACUUUUUUAUUAAACUAGAUUUUCUCUAAUAGUAUUCCAUUAAUGUCAUUUACCGUAAUUUCUUAUUAAUUUUAAAGCAUCUCUGUAAGGCCUGGUAAAGCACUACAAUGUCGACUUUAAAGCGAGUGCAGCAAUGGGCAACUUUUGCGAGAAUAUGGCAUAUUUAUGAUGCUACAUGGCAGAAUCCUUUUAAAUCUGCGGAAUUAUUGAAAAAGUUUCUUAUGGGUGUACAUAAACCUAUAUAUCAUCCGAUGAAUGACUGUGGUGAUCAUGUUGUCAUUAUAAACAGUGCAGACAUUGCAUUACCGGGAGAUGAAUGGAAGAAACGAGCUUAUUUUCAUCACACAGGAUAUCCUGGUGGCGCUUCGUGGACACUGGCUUGGGAUUUACAUAGAAAAGAUGCCACUAUGAUUUUGAAAAAAGCGAUUUAUAAUAGUAUGGAUGGCAAUUUGCAAAGAAGAUAUACAAUGCAAAGGUUACACAUUUUUCCAGAUGCUAAUGUUCCCAAACAUUUGUUAGAAAAUGUCUCAAACCAAAUUAGACAAUUAAGGCCAGUACCAAAGAGAUUAGAUAAAUAUAAUUUGGAGGAAGUUAAAACAUUUCCUAAACUUAUUGAUUAUCCAAAAGAUUAUAUUAUUAGAUAGUUAAAAUAGUUAUGUAACUGGUAUAAAUAAUGUAGAAGUAAUAAAAAACAGACAAACUAGAAAAAUGUUUAUUACAACAGUUUCACAUUAUAGAUAUAAAAAGCUAAUUGGUAUAAAUAAAAACAAUUUUCAUAUAAA